AAUCAAAGGAGAUGCAGAUACACAAAUAUUAGCAUAUACUUGGCCUGAUAAUAUGCUUAAACGUGUUUCUUUCAAAGGUGAAACACGUAAUGGAGCAUCUUUUAUUCCAGUUACUGUUGAACCAACUGAUCCAACAGUUCUUUCUUCAAUUUCAUUUAAAGGUGUUUCAUUAGCAUCAGUUUCAUUGAAAAUUGUUGGUAACAUGACAAUAUUGACAACUGACAAUUCACAACCAACUCUUGUCAGUUGUUUAUCAACAUCUUGUGUAGUUAAAUCUAAAACUCAACAAGGUUGUUUCUUUGAAUCAUCUACACCUUCAUUUACACCAACUUAUGUAUCCUUGUCAAAUUCUGAUACAAACUCAAUUACAAUUUAUCCAACCAAAAAUUUCACAGGCUAUGCAAUGAUGACUCUCACUUGUGGUACCUAUACUUCCUCACUCGUAGUUGAGUAUGAUUUUUACAUUGCAUCCAAUGGUACAUUAGUUGAUAACAAAGCACCAGCAAGUAGUUUCUGGGGUGAACUUUUAUAUGUUUACUACAAAGUGAAGCAAGUUAUUGUUGACUUUUUGGAUUCUUUCAUCUUUAUAGAUUUCCUUGAUACUUCUUCACUUAACACAAACAGAGUUAUUGCUGUUGUUGUUGGUGUAUCAGUUUUAUUUGUAUUGAUUACCAUUUCAUUGACAAUUUGUUGCUGUUGUGUUGCAAGAUGUUGUUGUUCUGGCGAUUCUAUUGAAAAGAAAAAGUUGGUACCUAAAUAAAUUGAGAAUUUGUUUAU